AUGGAAAAAAUGAUUGAAGGUCAAGCACUUUGGAUGGGUGACCUCAAUGCCACUGUCCAGCACAUCUUUGGAGAACGUAAAGCUAGCAAAAUUACUGAGCUCACAAAAUCCAACUUCGAUACUGUGUCAUACCGUGUUUCUUUGCUGGAAAUAGAGUCAUCUUUGGCAAUCAACAAGUUUGCAGCAUUUGAAUCAAGGAAGUCAAUGGUGAAGGAAAUUAUGAAGGCUCUAGACGAUGAUAACAUCAAUGUGAUCGGGGGAUGUGGGAUGGGAGGAGUUGGUAAGACAACUAUAGUCAAAAAAGUUUGCAGACAAGCUAAAGCAGAGAAGAAAUUCGAUAUGUUUGCAAUGGUGGUCAUGUCACAGACUCCGAAAGGGACAGCAGGUGAAAUCGUUGACUCUAAGGAUUUGAAUGCUAUCGCGAGAGAGGUGUGGAGGGAAUGUGGUGGCCUGCCAAUUGCCAUUGUAACAGUUGGAAGAGCUCUCAUGAAAAAUCCAAGCAAGGACGUGUGGAUUGAUGCAGCUCGACAGCUACAAAAUCCUGUUCGAACAAAAAUCAAAGGCAUGGAAUCAUAUGUAUAUUCUUCUCUCGAGUUGAGUUACAAUUAUUUAGAAAGUGAGGAAAAGCCAUGCUUCUUACUCUGCAGUUUGUUUCCAAAGGACAAUGACAUUCCCAAGGAAGCCUUGGUGAGAUACGGAAUAGGCCUUGGGUUGUUUCAAGAAGUGGACACAACAGAAGAUGCUGGACAUAGAGCACUUGCUAUUGUGAGUACUCUCGUGUCAUCUUUUAUGUUAUUGGAAGUGUAUGGAAAAAUUAAGAUGCAUGAUGUUGUUCGAUACUUUGCAAUACAUAUUGCUUGUAAAGAAGAGAACAAGCAUAUCGUGAAAGCUGGUAUUGGACUAACAGACUGGCCAGACAACCAUACGACAUUUCAAAAUUACACGGGGAUCUCGUUCAUGGAUAAUCAUAUUUGUGAGCUUCCAAGUGGACUAGAAUUCUCAAAACUGGAGAUUUUAUUGCUACAAUGGAAUUCACGAAGAUUUGAAAUAAUGCAAAUUCCUAACAAUUUCUCUGAAGGAAUGAAAGAUCUUAAAGUCUUAGAUAUGAGUAGCAAUAUCCCAAAUGCCCACAUGUUUCCUGAUGACUUGAGAUUUGAAGAGCUAGUAAGCGUUGAUAUAAGAACAGGCAAACGUGGCUGUGUGUGUCAAGAAUCAUUCGAGAAAACCUUGAGGCUCACAUAUGAAGAUUGCGAAGGUUUGAAGAAUAUCCUAGAGGACCUAGACAGUGACAGUUUUGAUCAAUUGAAGUCUCUGAAACUUGAAGAGUGCAACGAGACGAAAUAUCUCCUAGACAUGAUUGAUGGAGCUCCAAGAGUGCUGGCACCCUUCUGCAACUUAGAAGAAUUGGAGCUUUGGCAUCUAGGCAAUUUCAGUGAAAUAUGCCAUGGACAACUCUCAGCUGCGUCAUUUAGUUACUUGAGAUCUGUCAGAUUCACUUCAUCUGGCCCGUUAAAACUAUUAUUUCCACCGUCACUGGUACAGGGGCUUGUCCACCUCCAGAGUCUGUCAUGUUUUUGCAGAAAUUUAGAGGAAAUCUUUCCAAUGCAAGAGAAAGAACAAAUAGGAAAGAGUCUCAGUACAAGUACCAACUUGCAAAACUUGACUCAUGUUACUGUCCACUAUAGUGAUAGGUUAAGAAACAUUUUCUCCCUCACCAUUGCUAAGGUACAUCUUCAAGAUUUGGGCAGUCUUACUUGUUUCUUCACAGGUGGUUAUGCUGUUGAAUAUCCAUCUUUGGAACAAAUGCUGAUGCGUGGUUGUUGCAAAAUGAAGACUUUUGGUCGUGGUGUUCUAAUGACACCCAACCUGAAGAAAGUGCAUGUGCGAGUUGAUAGACAUGGUCAAAUAAUUAGAAAUGAUAGAGGGAUUUGGAAGGGUGACCUCAAUGCCACUGUCCAACACAUCUUCAACGAAUCGGUAACUGUCGUUAACCAGAUGAAGUAA